CCGGCAUGUUGGGUGUUGUUAGAGGUUUCCUGACCGCUGGAUGCCGACAGAAGCAGGAGCAUGAACUACAUGAACGAUUAACAAAGUGUAACGGAGCUCCUGAGCAGUCAUGAAUAUCAGACAUGUUACCAGGAGACCAUUCACCUGUGGACGGGACGGAGGAACAGGACAAGUCGACUGAAGGUAGUGCGUCUAUAAAUUCAGCACAGGAAAUCCUUUCAGCACGUGACCCUGUUAGCAGAGGAAAUACCACCCUCACUGACCUCAUUAGCACCCAGCCUCUUCCUGCUGCAGCCCCAUCUGCAGAGGCCUCACAGAAGGCAGCAAAGUUUAAGAAGCCUCACUGUGACCUCCAGCAGCCCACAUGCCCACGAUGUGGCCUCACAGUCCCAGACCACAGGCUCCCCUCUCUCUCCCCAAGCCUGAGUCCACUGCAGGGAUCCAGCUUGUCGGUGAAGAGCGGCAGCAGCAAGAAGAGCAGGAGCAGCAGGAGGAGUGCGGCUGGCUCACACCAACCUACUGCUACACCUGCUGACUCCUGUUUACACCUGCUGCUGGCGUGCCUGUCGUGCCAGUGCUCCGUGCUGCUCCUGGGUCUGCUGGAAGCCUGCUUCUCCUGCCUCCACAGCUCCUGCUCCUGCUGCUGCCACGCCUGCGCCCGCUGCUGUUCGGCCAUACAGGAGACAACGGUGGAAGAGCUCAACUGCCACGCCCACUGCCACUCGGUGCUGUUCGAGUCUUGCUGUGAGCCAACCGAGUUUCUCGAGUUUUGUCUGGAAUGCUGCGAGAUCUGCCAUCGCAGCUAGGAAGCUAGGUGGCUGGAGCAGCAGGCCUGAGGACUAAUAUAGUAUAAGACGAGAGGAGACUGAAACAAGGGACAUUAAAACCAACGUGAGAUUCAUUAGAACUGCAGUGACAUGUUUUGACACUCGAAAUACACAAUAUUUACAUUGUUUUUACCAAUAUACCUUGCUGUCAGACGGCCCUUUCGAACAGGGAACUGAAACUGUUACGUUACUCUCCUACAUUGACAGAAAGUAAUUUUCCCUUACAGAACAUGGGCGCUGCCAGUUUACUACAGCCUGAAUCUUUUAGUUAGUUCGUGGUAUUGUGUGACUUAGAACCACAUUAAUAUUAAAAUGAAGAAAAUAGCAUUCUGUUGUCAAAACAUACUUCAUUCAAAUUUAAAGUUUUGGGAUUUGAAUACACAAAGGACAC